AUGUCUGCAGCAGCAAAGCAACGUCUUCAAGCCCUGAGCAAGCAACUCGUUGAGGGUAUUCCCUCCGAGGGCACAUUCGAGGAUAUCCCCAAGAUCCGUCAUGUUGCCCCUGAUUCGGCAGGACCCCGGGUCAAGGACAAGGUAGUAAUCGUGACCGGCGCAAAUUCCCCCAAUGGCAUCGGCCGUGCCAGCGCGCACCAAUUCGCCAACAAUGGCGCCAAAGCAGUCUACAUCUGCGACUUCAGCGACACCCAUCUGGCAACACACAAGCGGGAGCUAGAGUCCCUCUACCCAAACGUAGACAUCCACGUGCGAUCAUUCGACGCGGCCGACGAGAAAGCCCUGAGUGGAGUAAUCGACGAAGCAGUCAGCAAAUAUGGCCGGCUAGACGUCUUCUUCGCGAACGCAGGCGUGGUAGGCCAACCGAAGCUGUUCACCGAGAUCGACAGUGAGGGAUUCUUAAACACGAUGCGAGUAAAUGCUCUCGGCGUCUUCCUAGCAGCCAAACACGCUGCCCCAGCAAUGAAGCUAACCUCCGCCUCAAAGCCAUACCCAAGCGGCUCAAUCAUCGGCACAGCAUCUGUAGCAGGCCUCCGCUCCAACGCUGGUUCCACCGACUACUCCGCCUCAAAGGCGGCAGUCGUGUCGAUCGCACAGACGGUCUCGUACCAACUCGCUGGGUCGGGUAUCCGCAUGAACGCAAUCUGCCCCGGACUGAUUGAGACGGGGAUGACGCAGUCGGUGUUUGACCGGGCACGGGAGCGCGGCACGGAGCGCAAGAUCGGACAAUUGAACCCGUUGCAGCGGGGAGCUGUUGCUGAUGAAGUUGCGCGUGUUGCGCUGUUCCUUGGUAGCGAUGAGAGUAGCUAUGUUAAUGGACAGGCUUGGGCGGUUUGUGGUGGAUUGAGUGCUGGACAUCCUGUUGUGCCGGGCAAGUUGGCUUGA